GGGUAAGUUUUUUCAUUUCUUUUUUGGGUUGGAGUCCCUUUUUUAUUUAUAGAAAAUCACCCUCCAACCAACCCUUGUGGAAUGGGAGCCCCAUCUCGAUUCUAAUCCUUUUUUUUUUUUUGAAUUUCUCCGACAUUUUCCAAGCAAGGACGCUCUAGGCCAAACCCACUGCAGCACAAUACUCCGUAUUUUACUUCACCGAUGACUCUUUUUCCUCGGUAUUUACCUGCCCAUCAUUCCCUUUUCUCGCCAGCACAUCGCUGAAUAUUCAUACAUUUUUCAGGUGAAAGUCCCAUUAUUAUUCACUCCGAUUCGUGCUGAGCAAAACCCAAAUCCAUUUCUGGGUUCUCUUCUAGACCCUGGUUUUUUUUUUUCCUUUUUUUUGGGGAUAAUUUAUUGUCCGCAUGAUUCCCUUAAAUUCUAUGCUUUCGUACUGGACUGUCCAUCAUACUUUUUGAAUCUUUUCUCGUUUUGUAGUUCUGUUUUGCUCGAAGGUUGGGUUUCAGAGGAAGGGUACGUCAUCAGAAGUUGCAGGAAUUCAACAUAUGUUCAUGCAUCAAUCAUGGAGAGUUGGUGUUAAGUUAAGAACCAGCCAUGAAAUACUUAAAACUCUUGAUGGGUCAUAAUUUGAUCCAUACAGUUGACAAAUAGUCGUGAUAUGGCUUUGAUUGUGUCUCUGGUAAAUAGCGUGUUCCUCCAGCAACAAUGACCUUUGAGCUGUAUGCAAUAAGUUUUCUGUGAUCAGCGCUCGCUUCAUUCCAUUCAUAGGCCAUUUCACCUGACCAAUUAAUUGCUACUUAGCUUGGUUCUGAUCUCAUUUGAUAGUUUGAGAUGGAUGACUCACGAAGUGUUCCACAGGAGUUAUCUCAGUCUACUGUGCCUAACUCCUCUAACAGUGAUUCUUUGCUUAACCAUUCUGACCUCCCAGCUGCUUGUGCUCUAUGCCAAAAAAUCCUUUUACCUGAUGAUGAAGGAACCGGGGAACUAGAACCUAUCAGCAUGUGUGGUGACUGUAAAUUUUUGUUUCUUGAAGAUCUGAGGUCCCCUGCUCAAGACUCUCAUUGGAGGAGGCCACCCAGAGUAAGAAGAACAAGGUACAGCAGUUCUGAGUCAAUAGAAAAUCUUUUCUCACAACAUUUCUCACAUAUGAUUAACCUUGUUCGGCAAAAUCAAUCCACUGUCUCUGGGCAUGAGGAUCAACUUGUUGAUGUAGAUCCUGGUGCAAGAUUACUGCAGCGCCCAAGUUCCCGUACUACCCCUAGUGGGUCUAGAAGGUGGCGACGGGUACCAUCUGAUACUGAAAGUGAUGGCUUUGAUAAUUUGGAUUCUCUUUAUGGAGAGAGUGAAUCAAAUAUCAGCUAUGGUGGUUACAGGCUAUUUAAUGGUGAGAGUGAUGCCAUUUCCUUUAGUGCUUAUGGAGGAGAUUCUGAUGCUUCAGUGGAUGGCCACAGUUUCCUGGAUACAGAAAUGUAUGUCCAACCAGAUGAUGGAAGCAAUCUGAAUAGUGAUACAGAUAUUGAUCCAAUGCAUGCAAGACUUAGUCAAUGGAACUCAGAUGAUCAAGAUGAAGAUGACGAUGAAGAAGAGGAGGAGGAUGAUGAAUGGGAAGAAGCUGAUCCUGAGGAAAAUGUAGUUGAAUCUGCAGAAGCAGAGGUGCAUCCUCGGAAUUUUUUCCCAUCGAGCUCAAAUGGAAACAAUGUCCUUGUGAAUAUGAGAAGACGAAUUCAUUCUCCUGAAUUUCUUGGUGCAAUCCCUUGGAGACUCAGGGAAGGUAGACAAACAUUUAUUUCUAACUUCUUUUCUAACUUGGAUGAAUCAGAGGUAUUGCCUUAUUUUGGCAACUCUGAGGACUACCUUGAUGCCAGAGGCUUUGAAGAAUUUCUGGAGCAUCUGGCUGAGACCGACAGCUCAAGACGAGGAGCACCUCCUGCAGCUGUGUCUUUUGUGAAUAGUCUGCCUCGUGUAGUCAUUAAUGAGGAACAUGAGAAGCGUGAUGGUUUGGUCUGUGCAAUCUGCAAGGAUGUUCUAUCUGUUGGCACUGAAGUGAACCAGCUUCCCUGCUUUCAUCUCUAUCACCCUUACUGCAUUCUGCCAUGGUUGACUGCACGAAACUCAUGCCCCCUUUGUCGGUAUGAGCUUCCAACUGAUGACAAAGAUUACGAGGAGGGAAAGCUGAAUGCUAGCAUCCACGAGAUCCCACAGCAAGAUUUAAGUGAUGACAGUUCCUCUGAUACCACUGAUGGAGCUGAAGCAGAUGACACCUGUGAAAUUAGUCCUGAAUGCAGAGAACUGGCAGAUGAGGUUCCAGUCAGAAAUGGCUCUGACCGAGAGGGUGGACGUGGGAGAUGGUUUUUUCUUGCUGCUGCUCCUAUUGCCGGUCUUGUUGGCAUGGCUCUUGUGUUGUGGUUACGCAUUCCGGUAACGGACAGAAGAGGGGCAAUAGGCCGUUCUAACAUCCAAGGCCAGACCCAACUCCACAGCUCUGGCUCUAGCCUACCUAACCAAAGGGAGAACAGGAGCAGGAGGUGGUGGUCCCUUUUCUAAGCAGUUGCCUAGUUUCCUGAUUGAUGCUGAUGGUUUCCAUAUCUGACCUAUCAUGUUUUUCGGCUUUGGCUUGAGGGUUUCUGUGCUUUAAACUUUGAGCAAGUGAAUUUGCAUUCAAACAACACACUGGUCUUAUGACUCAGUACGUUAUUAUUUGGUAUGUUAACCAGGUUCCUUCCCUAGAUCCCCUAGUUUUUUUGAUUCAGAUGAUUGAAGUAAAUGUGAUUUGAGCUUCAUAAA